AUGGACUUUGUUCAAGCGUUCGACAGAUUCUAUUUGGACUUGAUCAACCUACUUACACCGGUCUUACUCAAAACCAGUGAUGUCACUAAUCGCGUAGAUGAAUCGGGUCGAUACGCCAUGCUUAAUGUUUACGGCGAUAUAGGAAAACAUUUUAUAAUCUAUCCCUUUAAUGCGGAACAGGUAUGCUUCGCGUACACAUUUCGUAAGCCGAUUGCGGAAGGUGAAUUCUGGCGAACGUUAACUAAUGACCAGGCAUUAGGUUUUAUUCGAGAAUGCGGCUUUACUCAAUGGGCGUCACCUAUUAACACAUUUAUUUCAAAUACUUCUCGAUGGAUGAAAGUUGGCUUGUACGAUCGGUCAGAACUAUCAACAUGGUAUGAGCAUCGUGUUGUCUUAGUGGUCGAUGCCGCACAUUCAACCGCGCCUCAUCAUAUCCAAGGAACAAAUCAAGUGAUGGAAGAUGCCUAG